AUGAAAGGAAAGCAGAAAUUAUCUAUACAGGCAGAUUUCUGGUUCAGGACAUGGAGGGAUUCAAAAGAGGAUGCCAAUGUUAAAGAUGUUGAGUACCAAGCAGUGAUCAAUAAUCCGAAACAAGGAGGAUAUAGAGCCACUUAUUUCAUCUUUGGAAUGAUAUUGCUAGACAACAUAGGAUUUGUUGCAAACAUGGUAAGCAUGGUGUUAUAUUGCUUGUUUGUGAUGCAUUUUGACAUCUCUGGCUCUUCAACCACCACCACAAACUUCUUGGGAACUACCUUCUUGCUAACUGUCGUUGGAGGGGUCAUUUCUGAUACCUAUUUGAAUCGUCUCAACACUUGCAUCCUCUUUGGCAUUAUCCAGUUGUUGGGGUAUGUCUUACUUGUGAUUCAAUCACACAGCUUGAAACUUCAACCAGAACUAUGUGGAGAACAGAGUUGUUUGCAUGGAAAAAAAGCUUUACUCUUCUAUGCUUCAAUAUACUUGCUUGCACUCGGUGGUGGUGGAAUCAGAGGUUGUGUACCUGCUCUAGGAGCUGAUCAAUUUGAUGAUAAGAUUCCAAAAGAACGCAUUCAACUUGCUAGCUUCUUCAAUUGGUUUCUGUUUAGUAUUACAAUUGGAGCUAGCUUAGGUGUUACCUUUGUUGUUUACGUUAGCACAGAAUAUGCAUGGUACAAAGGUUUUCUUAUAUCUCUCUCAUGUUCUGCUGCUGCACUUGUUUGCAUAUUUUCUGGAAAGAGACUCUAUCGUACUCGAAUUCCAGGAGAGAGUCCAUUGUUGAGUAUUUUACAGGUUCUGGUUGUCGCGGUGAAGAAUUGGAGAGUGGAAUUACCUGAUAAUUCUGAUGAGUUGUAUGAAAUAGAGAGUCAUAAGUCUACUUUGAAGAUAAAACUCAUACCUCACACUCCUCAGUUCAGGGUUCUAGACAAAGCUGCGGUUCUACCUAAAGGCACAGAAGCAAUAAAAUGGAAAGUAUGCACAGUAACACAAGUAGAAGAAGUAAAGAUUCUAACAAGAAUGAUGCCUAUACUUCUAAGUACAAUCAUCAUGAACACAUGUUUAGCUCAACUACAAACCUUUUCAGUCCAACAAGGAACCUUCAUGAACACAUUCAUCGGCACUUUUGCCAUUCCAGCAGCAUCAAUACCUGUGAUCCCACUAGUAUUCAUGACCCUUUUGAUACCGGUUUAUGAAUUUGCAUUUGUACCACUUGUUCGCAAAAUCACCGGUCAUCCAAAUGGAAUAUCAGAACUACAAAGAGUUGCUGUUGGCUUAGUUUUAUCAGCAAUCUCAAUGAUCAUAGCAGGAUUAGUAGAAGUGAAAAGAAAACACUAUAUCAAUGAUCAUAACUACAAAAUCAGUCUCUUUUGGCUUUCUUUUCAUUAUGCAAUAUUUGGUAUUGCUGAUAUGUUUACAUUGGUUGGACUAUUAGAGUUUUUCUACAAAGAAGCUCCUCGAGGGAUGCGAUCACUUUCGACAUCUUUCUCAUUUCUUUCAUUAUCAAUUGGUUACUAUUUGAGCACAGUUUUUGUUGAGAUCAUUAACUCAGUGACAAGUAAGAUUACAAAGAGUAAUAAAGGGUGGCUAGAAGGAAGAGAUUUGAACCAUAACCAUGUUGAACUAUUCUAUUGGUUUUUGGCUAUACUUAGUAUGCUUAAUUUUGUUGUCUAUCUAUUUUGUGCAAAAUGGUACAAAUAUAGAAAUGAUGUUUCAUUUGAUAGGGAAAAUUUGAUCAAACAUCAAGCUAAUACUAAUCAUGGAAAUGUGUCUGCAAGCUCUGUGUCCAGAUUACAAGAUAUUCCACUCAAUGAAGAAGAGAGACACAAAACCUCCCGCUGA